AUGUGUAACUCUCUGAUUGAAGUUGAAGUAUUACCAGAACGAAUUAAGGGUAAAUGGGGAAACCCAAACGUAGUCAAAACGUUUCUUGGUGCUUGUAUUCACGAGGUCACCAUCAAUGGCUGGAAUGGUCGUGGUUUAAAAGACAUGUCAUGGAAGAAAAUUGGGGAAAUACUUAAAGCUGCCCAUAACUUCUCUGUUAAUAGUAACCAAAUGCAAAACUAUUUUAAUCUCCUCAAGGGAAAGUACGGAGCAUGGGUAUCACUAAAAAACAAGACUGGCAACAAAUAUGAUCCGUCCACCAAUAUGUUUAAUUUGACGGACAAGGAAUGGGAGACUGUAAUCAAGGAAAUAAGAAUGACAGGAAAAUUGAGGAAUGCCCCCCUAUGGUUUCCGGAUCUUUGUGCUCAACUUUUUGAUAUACCAGAGCCCAAGAUCCAAAAGGAGGCCAUGUAUUUGGUAUCUCCUUCAUCAUCUUAUGAUCCCGUUCAAAACAAACAAAAAAUCGGUGAAGUAACCCAUGAACCUCAACUAGCAGUACCUCUUAUCCCGCCAGCAGCCGAAACAUCAUCUCCCUUGGCUGCUACAGUGGAGCAACAGACAGAACCGAUGGUUGAAGUACCACCAGAAUUGCCUCAAAUACAUCCUGCAAUAGAGACUAAACCUGAGGUACCAACAGAAUUGCCAGAUGUACAAACUGCAACUGCACGUGAGGCGACAACGCAGAUGGAGGUUGAGGAAUACGUAGUACGGACCGGACCGGACCCAGCUUUCUCCAGACCGGACCUGCUUUUCACAGACCGGACCAAGCUUUUUACAGUAUCAAAGAACCGAAACGAAGUAGGCAAGUACAAAGCAUGGGUAUCACUAAAAAACAAGACCGGCAACAAAUAUGAUCCGCCCACCAACACGUUUAAUUUGACGGACAAGGAAUGGGAGACUGAAAUCAAGAAAAAUAAAUGCAUAGAAGAAUUGAGGAAGGUGCCCCUACCUUUUCCAGAUCUUUGUGCACAACUUUUUGACGGCUCUAUAUCCACAGGCUUUUUUCAAAUUGGCAUUGACCUGUGA